GAGACGUAUUAUACGAGGUUUUAUUCCUCUUUGAUGCCCGAAUGAGAUUGCCUAGUGUUGGCACAUAUAGGUCUAAGUCUUGGCACAUAAAGGUCGACGUCUGUCUUGUCAUUUAUUAUUCCCAAAGUUCUGAAGUCCCGAUUACCGGGGCCAGGGCUAGUCCUGAUCGAACGGUUUCGAGUCGUUCGAACUGAGCUGAUGAUGAUGAUGGUCCGUGACCAUUAGCAAGAAAAGUCCUGGACCACCACGAAAUCGGCAUUCGGGCGUCUUCGUCUUAAAUAAUCAUGAAAAAUGAAAGAGAGACUCAAAGUCAUUGGGCGACAAGGAAGCCGCUUGUUCCAGCAGAAUUCAAAGAUUACCCAACUGGGAAAGUCGGGUCGGAUCGCGGAAGCUGUGAAGGUUUUCUCAUCUAUGGAUCGGAAGAACACUGUUACCUACAACUCCAUGCUCUCUGCCUACACCAAGAACGGCAAGCUCGGCGAUGCCAGGAAGCUGUUUGACAGAAUGCCUGACAGGAACGUGGUUUCUUGGAACACCAUGAUUGCUGGGUAUCUUCGCAAUGACAGUCUCCAGGAAGCCCACCAGCUCUUUGACAGCAUGCCCGCUCGGGAUGGCUACUCAUGGGCGCUGAUGUUGUCCUACUUUACUCGAAUAGGGGACCUUGAGAAGGCGAGAGGGAUAUUCGAUUCAGUUCUGGACAAGCGAGACCCAGUUCUAUGGGGUGCUAUGAUAACAGGGUAUGCGAAGAAGGGCAAGAUCGAUGAAGCCAAAAGAUUCUUCGAUGAAAUGCCGGUCAAGAAUUUGGUUUCCUGGAAUUCGAUGCUCGCUGCUUACACACGGAAUGGGGCGAUGCGUUCGGCGUCGCUCUUCUUUGAUGGGAUGGCAGAGCGAGAUGUGGUUUCAUGGAAUCUGAUGGUGGAUGGGUAUGUCGAGUUAGGGGACUUGGACUCUGCUUGGGAGACCUUCAAUAGGAUCCCAGACCCAAAUGUGAUAUCAUAUGUCACGAUGUUAAGCGGGUUUGUGCGGAAUGGCCGGCUUGUUGAGGCUAGGGGGCUUUUUGAUCAGAUGCCCGUGAGGAAUAUUGUUUCAUGGAAUGCGAUGAUCGGAGGAUAUUCCCAGAAUGGCCAGAUCGAUGAGGCAAUGAGGCUCUUUCAGGAAAUGCCGGAAAGGGAUUCGGUGACGUGGACUACAGUGAUCAAUGGUUAUGUUCGGGUUGGUGAGCUCGAAGAAGCAAAAGCUUUACUAAAUCAGAUGCCUUUCAAGAGUAACGGGGCUCAUGCGGCAUUGAUUUCUGGGUACUUGCAGAAGGGGAAGAUGGAAGAAGCCAGCCAAAUCUUUGAUCGAAUUGGAACCGGUGAUGUAGUUUGUUGUAACGCAAUGAUUGCAGGGUACACCCAGAGUGGGAGGAUGGAAAAGGCGCUGAACGUUUUCAAAAGAAUGAUGAGGAAAGACUCAGUUUCGUGGAAUACUAUGAUCGCAGGGUAUGCCCAGGCUGGAGAGAUGGACAAAGCGCUUAGAUUAUUUGAGGAGAUGGGGCAGCGGAACUCAAUCUCAUGGAACUCUUUGAUGGCAGGUUUCCUUCAGAACAAGUCAUACUUCAACGCUCUCAACUGUUUUGUCUCAAUGGGACGAGAAGAGAUUAAACCCGAUGAAUCGACUUUCGCCUGUGGCCUCAGUGCCUGUGCAAAUAUGGCUGCACUGCGAGCAGGAAAGCAGCUCCACCAAUAUGCUGCCAAAAUUGGCUAUGCAAGUGAUUUGUUUGUAGGAAAUUCAUUGAUUACAUUGUACGCUAAAUGCGGCGAGAUCAGAAGUGCCGAAAUCUUGUUUGGAGAAAUGGGCAGCAGAGACAUCGUCUCAUGGAAUUCAUUGGUUGCUGGGUAUGCUUUGAAUGGUUAUGGAAUGGAGGCUGUGAAGCUCUUUGAGGAGAUGAUAGGCAAAGGAGUGUGCCCGGAUCAGGUGACACUCCUCGGAGUCUUAUCUGCUUGCAGUCAUGGUGGGCUCACCGAUCAAGGAAUAGAGCUCUUCAAGUGCCUGACAGUGACUGAAGAUUUCAGUGUCGAGCCUCUGCCGGAGCAUUAUUCUUGCUUAGUUGAUCUGUUUGCCCGGGCAGGGAGAUUGGAAGAGGCAUUCGAGAUAGCCCGAAAUGCAAAGAGCGAGGAGAAUGUUGGGAUGUGGGGUUCUUUGCUCGGAGCUUGUCGAGUUCAUCGGAACCUCAAGCUCGGUAGAUCUUCAUCUCAGAAGCUCUCAGAACUUGAACCUCAUAAAGCUUCCGACUUAGUUCUCCUUUCGAAUAUAAAUUCCGAGAUGUGCAACUGGGAUGAAGCCGAGAAGGUAAGGGAGGCCAUAGAAGGAAGAGGAGCGGACAAGCAAAAGGGGUGUAGCUGGAUUGAAAUCGGAAAUCAAGUGCAUGCUUUUCUUUCUGAUGAUCGGACACAGCCCAGAACAGGAGAGAUUUGUGGAAUACUUAAGUCUUUAACUGAACAUGAAAUUAUAUGCUGUAGUUAGAACUUUUCAUCUCAGCUUUACUCUUGAUCAGGGGCUGCUACAUCAUGUCCAGUGCAUAAUGAACCUUAAUAAAAUCAUUCCAAUUCCGUGUUAA